GCCGGGCCGCGGGGUGCUCCGGCUUUGGCCCGCACCGUUCUCGUGGCUCGCACCGUGCCCUGUGUCACUCUUGCGGCGCCUCGCUGCCGAGGGAGUGGUUUUUGAAAUAACGCGUGAAUAUUGCCUUCAGGAAAAGGGGAAAGAAAGGAGGCCGGGAGGAAGAGAACCCCCUCACCUGCUGAGCGGGGCGGCUGGUGCCAGCACAGUUCCAGUGGAAAAAGAUCGUACUGAAGAAAUGGUAACCCGGUGCAUAGUGGAGGUUCUGUCUAACGCUCUCUCUAAGCCAAAUGCACCCCCCAUUAAUCCUGAAUGCAAAGAAAUCCUGAAGAAGAGUGAUAAAAAUGACAGAGAGAGAAGUGAAAACAAACAGCCUGAAGUGAGGCAUCCCAAAGACCCAGCAGAGACCGAAAAGCAUCCUUCUGGGAGUGUGGAGGAAGAACAAAGGCAGGCAGAAGAGGAAUCUAAAAAGUACAUGGAAGGAGGUGAGGAGGAGAAACUUACUCGUGAGGAAGGCAAAAGCAAGGAAGAGGAGGCUGGACACCACACACCUGCUCAGGAUGAGACACUUCACACAGAAGAGAAAAAGCACUACCAGGAAAUUGGGCGAGAGGAAGAGAGGAAUUACCACAGUGAAGAGGAAAGCAAAGACAGCAAGUGCUGUGAGGAUGUAGAGGCUGCUGUUCUCACCAAGAAGUCCCACUCUGAGGGCAUGAGCAUGGAUGAGUUCCGUGCUGGGAGUGAUCAGAGCCCCAGGGGCCGCUGGCACCUGGAGGAGGGAAUGCAGAGCCCUUACAAACAAAUUCGGGAAGGUGAAGAGGGAGAGGAAGAAAGGAGUGAGAAAUACCACCAUGAGUCUCAGGAACGUGGCUUCUCCCACCAGCAGGAACGUGAGGAAUCUGAGGAGAGUGAAGAAAGAGAGGAGGGAAAGGAACCCUACAAACCCAAAGGUUCUCAUGGGAAGCACAGAGCGGGUGACUCCUAUGAAGAGAAGAGAGGCCACGGCAGUGAGAGGGGGGAACCAGCUGGGGGGUCACACCUAGGGGAGGCCAGUCUCUGGGAGCAGUGGAAGCACCGUCAGAAGCAUCAGGGAGAGUCUGAGGAGGAGGGUGGCUCUCCUGGGAGGCGUGGGCCUGAGGAGCUGCAGGAGGAGAGGCCUGCAGAGCAGGACAGCGAGGAGCACAGGGACAGCUGGCAGCAGAGCCAGGAGAGCAGGGAAGAGGAGAACAAGAGGCGUCACCACAGCGAGGAGAGCAGUGAGAAGUGGCGUGAGGAGAGGAGGCACCACGAUGGCUCACAGCAUUCUGAGGGGAGGAUGUACCUUGCUGAUGAAAAUGAGGGAGAGCUGGACAGGUAUCUCAGCAAGGAGAAGCAGCGGCGUGGGGGAGGGAGAUCCCACGUACGGAACAAGGAGGAGGAAGGGUCACAGAAAGCCUAUGCUCAAGAGCGCCAGGGGCAGGCCAGGAGGCACUACAGCACUGAGGACAGCCUGGAGGAGCGGGAGGUGGUGGAAAAGAAGCACCACAGCAGUGACCAGGUGGAAAAUGAAGAGGAGGAAAGAUUUGCAGAGAGAGAAGAGUACAGAGGCCACCUCCCUGUAGAGAAAGAGAAGAGAACUGCAGCAUCCUACAGGCCUUUCUACCCGCUGCUGUGGUGGAAAAGCCGGCACUUGGACAAAAGGGACGGUGCAGGGGAGCAGCUUCUGGAGGGCAGGGUGGAAGGCAGGCCUGCCCUGAGUGAGAAGAGCCUUUUCCCUGAGUACAAUGACUAUGACUGGUGGUCAGAAAAGCAAAUCCAGAGCGCUCUGAACCACAGGCGCACCGAGAAGAGGAAUCCUGGCAAAACGAACAGGUACGAUGUGGAAAGGCAGUACAACAAGAUGGAUCAACUUGCACAACUCCUGAACUACAGGAAGAAGUCAGCUGAACUCCCAGAGCUGUACAGCUCUGGAGAAAACCUGAAGAAACGUCACGUAGCUGGGAAUGACAGAAGGAGCCUCAGCCAGAGGCCCCUGACGGAAGAGGAGGAGAAGCAGCUGGAAAACUUGGCCACCAUGGAUCUGGAGCUGCAGAGCAUAGCAGAGAAGAUCAACAGCCUCAGGAGAGGCUGAAGGUGUCUCUUCAAUACCUGUGUUCUGUGGUAAAUUCACUGCCCCCGGAUUGUUUGCCCUAAACCCAGGAAAUUCUAUUCACUGUCCACUCUCGUGUAGUGAUUUACACAGCUCAAAGUGUCUUUAAUUUGCUGUUAUGCUCCUGAGACCUGAAUGGCAUGAGUUUUAGUAAUAUAGCCUUUCAUGUGGGCAGGUAUUUUUAAUAUGCUUUUGGAGAUAACUGUGUUAGUGUUCUUCAGGAAUAUAUUUGUCUGAGUUUGCAAUAAUAAAAACCAUUGAUCUUGGACCAAACCUUCUCCUUGUUGAUGUGGCUGAUGAGGUGAUCUCAGAAUGAGCUGGAUCAGGUGUGAAGAUUGUGCACAGAGUGGAGGUGCUCCACCAAUAUCUUUUAAAAGUUACAGGGAGCCCAUCUGUGCAUUUUGUUUGCCAGUUUGUGUGAGCAUGAGAGGAAAGAAGGAAUUUGAAAUCUCAGUAAUUAUUUAUUUAUUCUUUCCUUACUAAUUUUCACUGCAUUUUACAAGGAUUAUGGCACAUUUGAAAACCAGGAUUCCGUGUUGAGCUUGUCGGUGUCGCUGCUGGUGAAAUGGAGCCAGUUUGGCUUUGAUCCAAAUUAACUCCUGGUGUGUUCCAACACUGUUUAUUUCUCAAACUGAUCUAUUAUGCAAGUAUGCUUUUCCCUUGUUAUUGUUUUUAUUGUCACAGUAUCUAGGAUAAGCAGAUGGUGAAAUCUACAUCCUCUCCUUUUAUGGGUUGUUCAUAUAAGGAGGAGAAGAAAAGAGAGAAGAGAAACUUCCCAAAAAGUAGAAAAACAACACUGGGAAGUUUACAAAAAGCAGAGGUAGAUAAAAGCUGAAGAUGUAGUGUACCUGUUCUCCCAAGAGAAACCUUUAUCCGCUUCUUCCCAUGAAAUACAACCUGUGAGCUAAUGCUGCCCUGAAAGAGCACUACUCUUCUCAAAAUACUGAAUUUUACAGCUUUAUCAAGUCUCAUCACUUGAUUCCCAAGCUCCAGGUUCUGUCCAGUCAGUCCAGACACUGAUGAGGGAGUUCCAGAACGGAAGCCAAGCCCUCCUGGCCCCAUGAGCUCCCACUGGGGUGUGAUGGGCUGCAGCCAGCACAGUACUGUCCUCCUAAACCCCAUGCUGGACCUUUUUAUUUCCAAAAAGAGGAAAAGUAAAAAGAAGAUAAAUCUCUUUAAGGAAAACACCCUGUAGUUUAAUUGAAAUGGCAAAUGCAAAGUUAAAAAAAUUAAUUAAAAAAGCCCAACAUCUGAAAGAUCCAACAGUAGAAUAAAUAAAUAUACAUACAGCAGUUUUCAAAAUAGUAAUAUUUUAAAAACAUACAGCAACUCUCAGAAUAUGCCUCAGAAAAUGACAGAUAAUACUAAGAGUGACAUUGUUUAAAUAUUUAGUAUUUUAAUUUAAGAACAUGCACUUUGUCCUCUGUAUUUAUUUCAGGAAAAUGUGGAGUCAUGCUAUAAGCAUGGGGUCAUCUCUACUAUUAGAUUUCUCUUUUUACUGCUCCUUUGGGGAAAAAAAAGUGUAUGGUUUUUGCUGUUCAUUCUACUUUCUUCAAUUACUGAACAGAGCUGAGUCCUGUGUCCCAAGUGGGAGCAGAUCACCACAGGGAAUCCUGAGGAGAAUCCUCUGAUGCCUUUCUGGGAGAAUGGAAAGCUAAGCUGGAUGUGUUGAUUCUGACUCAACCUUUUAUGAAACUACUUCCUAUUCAGAUUUGGCAACAAUCAAUCAACAUGCCUGCACUGAGGCUUUGUCUUCUCUUGAUCUUCUCUCCUUCUUGAGGUUCCUGUGAGUUCAGUGGGGUGUUUGCUCCCAAGGGUUUUCCUUUACAUUCAGCUGCUGUGAACUGCUAG